CGUGCUGGUUCAGUAAAAUGGCAGCUACAGCUUUAGUCGAAGGUUCUUCUGGUAACGAUGCUGUUGCCGAGGGUUUGCUCGACCUCCUGAGACCAGCAAUACAGCAGCUCGAUCUGCAUGUAAACUCGGUCAGAAAAAGCCAAGUGGAAUUAAGAGAACAUAUAGACGGUCUGGCCACAGGUAAAGUCCUGCAUGAAGUCCUUCAAAUAUAGCAUCAGCUAUAAAAGAUUCAUAAAUAACGUGCUGGUUUUUUCAGAGUUAUGCAGGAUAAACGAACAUCAGAAGGUGGCUCUGGACCUGGACCCAUAUGUAAAGAAGUUGCUGAAUGCGAGGCGUAGAGUUGUGCUAGUAAACAACAUACUGCAGAACGCUCAGGAACGUCUGAGGCGGCUCAACCACAACGUGGCCAAAGAGACGGCGCGGAGGAAGACAAUACUGGAGACCUCGGGCGUCUUUGCUUCCCGCUCACCUAGUAAACCAUGAACCUCACCUUGAACCUCCUUCUGCUCCACACAGCAAAUACUGUGAGCUAUUUUGAUCAGCAGCAAAGGAUGAUUGUGAUUAUAGGAAGCUAAAAAACAGGAGGGGCCAGUCUUCCUUUGACAUUUGCUUGUCUUUUUGUUUAAUACCUUGCUGAUGUUCUGCACUGCUUUUGUCACAGUGAAAUUCCAAGCUGCUGUCUGCUUACCAUUUGACAACUUCAGAGUACGGGCUUGCAAUACAGUGGAGAUAUUUAUGUAAUAAUUCUAAUGCACUCAAUAAAUAGAUACACUAUGUGGACAAAACUAUAGGAGCCACAGCUCUUAAUCUUUUGAUGUUUUUAUUCCCACAUCUGUGUGAAAUCAAUCACUGGCUUUGCAACCUGCCUUCACAAACAUUUUUGAAAGAAUGGGUCAUUGUAGAGAGCUCACUGUAUGGCAGUGUGGAAGUGUACAAGACGCCACUGUUGGUGAAUUUUCACUCCAAGAUAAUACACAAUCAACUGGAAGUGGUAUUCACUGGUGUGAAAAGUGGAAGAUUGUACAUCCUGAGAAGGAAAGGAAGCACUGGUGAAUCCAGCAACACAAAAAGACCCGGACGGCCACAGAAGACAGCAGUGAUGGAUGAUCACAGAAUCAUUUCCAUGGUGAAAAGAAACCCCAUCACAACCAUGUGAACAACACUCUCCAGGAGAGGUUGCUGUAUCCAUGUCCAAGUCUACCAUAAAGAGAAGACUGCAUGAACAUAAAUACAGAGGGUUCACUGCAAGGUGCAGGCUACCCAUAAGCCUUAAGAAUAGAAAGGCUAGAUUGGACUUUGAUUAAGAAAAAGAAUUGAAAAAGCCAGCACAGUUGUGAAAAAACAUCCUUUGGACAGACAAAACCAAGAUCAACCUCUACCAGAAUGAUGACAAGAAAAAAAGUAUGACGAAGGUGUGGAGCAGCUCAUGAUCAGAAACAUACCACAUCAUCUGUAAAACACAGGGGAGGCAGUGUGAUGGCUCGGGUGUGCAUGGCUGCCAGUGGCACUGGGACACUGGUGUUUAUUAAUGAUGUGACACAGGACAGAGGCAGCAGAAUGAACUCUGAGGUGUUCAGAGACAGCCUGUCUGCUCACAUCCAGCUAAGUGCAGUCAAAUUGAAUGUUUCAUAGUACAGAUGGACAAUGACCCCAAACAACCCAGGAGUUUAUUAAAGAAAAACAGUGGGAUAUUCUUAAAUGACCAAGUCAGUCAUGAUCCUAACCCAGCUGAGCAUUUCACUUACUGAAGACUAAACCUGAGACAGAAAGGCCCACAAACAAACAGCAACUGAAAGCUGCUGCAGUAACGGCCUGGCAGAGCAUUAAAAAGGAGGAAACCAUCAUCUGGUGAUGUCAUGAGUCCAAGACUUCAGGCUGUCAGUGUCAGCAGAGGGUUUUCAACCAAGUAUUAGAAAUGAACAUUUUAUUUUCAGUUAUUUAAUUUGUCCAAUUACUUUUGAGCCCCUGAAAUGAAGCGAUUGUGUUUUAAAAAAAGAUCCAGGUCCUUUCAUUUUUAUGCAAUCGUUUUGUUCAACCCACUGAAUUAAAGCUGAAAGUCUGCACUUCAGCUGCAUCCAAGUUAAUUGAAAAUUCAUUGUGGUGAAUUACAGAACCAAAAUCAGAAAAAGUUGUUACAGUUCCCUGUCCAGGUGUAAUAUGUAGGUGGCUCAGAACUUUUGUCCAUAUAAUGUACAAUAAAUACUUCUAUCCAUGACUGCAAUGUUAGAAAUGUUGCUCCUGUUACAACAUGCAAGAGAGAAGAAGAUACUUUACCUGUGAUGUUAUGAACAGUUUCUGUGGUUGCUGCUGGAGCCACUGGCACAUGGAGGUCAUUUGCUUCAGGACCUUCUCCCAUGCAACAUGACUAAUGUUGUUGAAAGGGUGUAUUUUAAUCCAAACAUUUUCCUAAAAUAAACUCUCUUUUUUUUCCCUUUUUUUUUUUUUUACUAAAACCUGAAGAUAAUGUAAAUUAUUAUAAGACUUUGUAUCAGAAAAGCCCCAAAUGUAGACUACUGGCUAUCUGUCAUGAUGUGAUCUGAGUAGUUUGUUUCGCUGCCUCUUAUUUGUCCUGCAGUUAAAAAGCACAAGCUUGUCCCCUCUUAAUUUUGUGGCUGUUUAAUAUCCACAUUUGCCCUGGAGUAGUUUCAAAGCAGAUGCGUAUUGUUAAUAGAGUACUUAGAGGGACUGUUUUGUAUAAAUCAGAGUAGAAACUUGCCUACUUGUGGAAAGUAAAUUCUCUGCACAUGUUGAAUUGUAUUUUCAGCUAUAGACACAUUAAAUACUUAAAGAUACUUAAAUGCAAAUGUACCUGUAGAGCAUAGUGUCUUUAGUUGUCUGUCAUUUUUACCAAAUCGUCACCGCAUUAGGAGAAAUCCCUCGUCUUCACAGAUCUGACAUUUUGUAAAUGGUAACAAAACUGUUCUCUCUUUGGAGUGUGAAUGUCAACAUUUCACUGAGUCCAUUCCUUCUGCAACAAUCUCAACACCUCUGCCUUGUUAUUGGGAGACAGUAUCUAAAAUGAAUUUUCAUUACAAGGGUCACAUCUGAUUUAAAAAAUUAUCCUGGAAUAAGCCCCCCCCCCCCCCGGACGUUACCGCAGUGUUUGUGUAAGGAUUGUGUGAGUGCCAUUUUUUCCUGUUUUUGCUACUAGAAGGAUAAAGUUGUGCUAUUGCACAUGUAAAUGACGUGUAAGUGAACUAACAUGCGUUGUUGGUGUAUUCAGUGAUUCAGUGUGAGCCUACAACGCUGGAGUCGUGCUCAAAUACCGAGCCGUGCCGUUCCAGUGUUGGUGGUGGUGACUCGGGGCUAAUCCUCAGCGGCGCCACUUUAGAAAAACAGUCUCGCGGGCCAAUCUAGGCGAACCAGACAGUUCGUGGCUAGCGGUCCUGCUGUGAGAACCACAGCGCGAUUGGCCGAGAGGUGCGUGCCCUGUGACACCUGACCGCCGAUUGGCUGCGGCGUGUCGAGACACUGACGCGCACGUCGUCUCCCAGCUAUUGUUAUUGUGGCGUGCACGAGAGGAAGGGGCAAGAUGCACGAGGAGACAGUGGGUCUGAUAAAGGGAUGAAACAACUGAGAAACAUCAAGCUAGCGCAGUAGAGCCACUGAGAAACGCUGGCGUUCUCCACUACAGGAAUUCAUAGAGAAAUCCCCCCGUGAACACAGCGAGACACUCAGAUCUAACAAAAAUCGCUAUAAACACAAACGGCAGCUCUGGGCAGCAGACACAACACGCAGAGCUGUCGGAGUGCAGCACUUGAGGCAAUUGUCGAAUAGCUUAGCGAUCGUUCUGUCCAAGUUCUUCUCUACUUUGGCUGAUGUGGAACGAUUCAGAGCUGGGUCAUCAUGAUGCCAGUGAACUUUCUGGUCACUCAUUGGUGGACCAACUUAACACCAGCACCAUCAUGUCAGUAAACCCACCAAGCAGCAAUGAUGCCUGCCUCAGCAUCGUCCACAGCCUCAUGUGCCACCGGCAGGGCGGGGAGAACGAGGGCUUUGCUAAGCGCGCCAUCGAGAGUCUGGUGAAGAAGCUAAAGGAGAAGAAGGACGAGUUGGACUCUCUCAUCACUGCCGUCACCACCAAUGGUGUUCAUCCCAGCAAGUGUGUCACCAUCCAGAGGACUCUAGAUGGACGGCUGCAGGUGGCAGGGAGGAAAGGGUUUCCUCAUGUGAUUUAUGCACGGCUGUGGCGCUGGCCUGACCUCCACAAGAAUGAACUAAAGCAUGUCAAAUUCUGCCAGUAUGCUUUUGACCUCAAGUAUGACAGUGUGUGUGUCAACCCCUACCACUAUGAGAGGGUGGUGUCACCAGGCAUCGUUGGUCUCAGCCUUCAAAAUACAGCUGCAUCGAGUGGACUAAUCAAAGAAGAAUACAUCCCUGAUUGUAUACAGAUGGACCUUCCGCCUGGUAUGCCUCUGUCCGACCACCAAGCAGCUCCAGACCACUAUAGUCCCCUUCUGCCCCCUUCUGAACCCCAUGGCCCCCCACCUGUUACCAGAUACUCUAACCUGGCUGUGUCACCCAAAGUGCCUGCCUCUGGCUCCAUGCUGCCACUGCAGGGCAGUCAUGGUGAUGGCUGUCUCCAAACUCCAUCUCCACAGGCUCAAGUCAUUCAACAACGACCUCAAAGCCCGGCCCAGGUUUCCUCUCAGCAGCAGGCUGCCCAGCAUCCCUCACAGCACACCCACUCACAGCAACCCCCUCUACCUCCCUCUCAUUUGAAUAGACAGAAUGGAUACAGCAGCAAUACACAGUCUCAGACUCAGCCUUCAUUCCACACUGUUUGGACAGGCAGUAGCACGGCCUCCUACACUCCCAUUGGACCCCAGCAGGAAGGGCGCGGUCACCAACAGCCUCCUCUGCAUCUUCCAAACCAUCACUGGUCUCAGCAUCACAGCUCAACCUCUUUCCCUCCUUCAGGGUCCAGUCAUUCAGGACCAGAGUUUUGGUGCUCUGUCUCCUACUUUGAAAUGGAUGUUCAGGUGGGGGAGAUGUUCAAGGUGCCUUCCAGCUGCCCCGUAGUGACUGUGGAUGGUUACGUUGACCCGUCAGGAGGUGAUCGCUUCUGCCUCGGCCAGCUGAGCAAUGUCCAUCGCACAGAUGCCAGUGAGAGAGCCAGGCUACACAUAGGCAAAGGUGUGCAGCUGGAGUGUCGUGGUGAGGGGGAUGUGUGGAUGCGCUGUAUGAGCGACCAUGCUGUGUUUGUACAGAGCUACUACCUCGAUCGGGAAGCAGGUCGGGCACCAGGUGAUGCUGUGCACAAGAUCUACCCCGGAGCCUACAUCAAGUUGUGUCUUGGUCAGGUAUUCGACCUACGGCAGUGCCACAGACAGAUGCAGCAGCAGGCAGCCACGGCUCAAGCUGCAGCUGCUGCACAGGCAGCCGCUGUCUCAGGAAACAUUCCUGGUCCAGGCAGCGUCGGAGGCAUUGCACCUGCAGUUAGUCUCUCUGCAGCAGCAGGCAUUGGUGUCGAUGACCUGAGGCGACUCUGUAUCUUGCGGCUCAGCUUUGUGAAAGGCUGGGGGCCUGACUACCCCCGUCAGAGCAUCAAACACACUCCCUGCUGGGUGGAGGUCCACCUGCACCGUGCCCUGCAGCUUCUGGAUGAGGUGUUGCACACUAUGCCACUGACUGACCCAGGGCCUGCGAAUUGAGAAGUCUGGAUUCUUUGAAUGUGCACACACCAGACACACAUGGUUGCUUCUUUGUCUCUUCUUCAAAAGGAUUUCUCCAGCAAGUCAGUCAGAAACCAUCAACAACCAAUCAUGCUUGUAGCAAUCACUCAUGCUUUUUUAAACGCACAUACACACUGUAACCAAAAGGUCUGUCCAGACAUAUAUAUGCUGAUGUCUUUGGGAUUUUCCUAAUGCUUUAGUCCUAAGCAUCUAAAGUCACGGCAGGCGAAUGAUGCUCAGAUUCUUAGACAUUUGAACGCACCAGUAGAAAAAUCCAGGGAUUUGUUUCAGAUAUUCAAUUCUCCGAUAUGCAAGUUGGAUUUCUUCUUCUUGUAGGAGUGUUCUGCACAUUCACUCAUGGAAUAUAAACAGAUGUUUAAAAAUCCGGUCUGGAGUCAAAAGCACCUCAGACAGGAAACUGCAUACCUCUGGAAAAUGCUGUCAGUGAAUCUACACUGAACACAUUACACUUCUCUUUAUGUCUCAUUGACAUCAGAGCUGAUGUAGAAGUAUGGAUUAAGGAGACUGGUGUUGUUCCAUCUGUGUACUUGUACUCUGCUCUUCACUCUACGUUGGUUUAUAUUAUUACUAUAUUAUUUUUGUACCAAAAUACAAAAAAGUCCAAAACAUUUAGCUUUAACGCCGUGUUGUUGUACUUUGUAAUGAAACAGUGAUACCCUGUAUGUAACCAAAUGGUUGAUAUAACUCAUGAAAGCCAGAUUACCUCAUAACUACAGUGCAGAGUCACAGCAUCAGUGACAGGCUGAAGUCAGUCUGUGACUCGGUACCAAACUAACAGAAGGUCCGCCGAUCGGAUCCUGACGGCAACAUUUAGUUUCACAGCAGAGUGAACUCAUAAGAGAGCAACUAACCUCUCACACACAGAGACAGAAACCCAGACAGAGUGUUUGUAUGGUCAGACCCAGCAUCUAGCACCAGUCUGUACAUUUGACACCAGUGCCUUUCUGUUCUCUGAGUGACCGCAGCAGUUUACUUGAACUCUGACUGGUUGUGUGCACGAGUUCUGGUUGGGAAGCUGAUUUAAAUAAUUCUGCCCAGUCUGGGUCGUAGUCUAAGUGAUGACUACAGGCUACAUUCGCCCAUUUACACAUAUAUUAUUAUAGCACUUUAUCACACUGGUGGAUCCAUCAGAGCAGUUUAGGGUCAAAUGUCUCGCCGAGGACACUUUGGCACGUAGACCCGAUAAACCUGAAGCACUGACCUGAUCAGUAGACAAUCUGCUCGACCUCCUGAGCCAUAAAGCCUAAAGAUCUCAUAAAUCAGAAGAUCAAAUAUUUAAAUGAAAUAAUUAGAAUGAAAAAUUGAACUCAGUGCUUGUAGUAAACAAAGAAAUAUAAUAAUAAUAAUAAUAAUAAUAAUAAUAAUAAUAAUAAUAACAAUAAUGAUAUAAUGGGCACAUCUGGACAUUACCUGUCUUGUGUAAAACCCUUUCCACUGAUGCAUUAUCAUUUCUCUUGUAAUUUUCAGCUCAACAUGAGUGCAUUUUAUGCAGUUGGAGGUGUGAUGGAUUUUUCCCUUAAAUAUAUGGAAAACGUCACCUCGGUGAGAGGAGUGUGUGACUCUCACAUCAACAUGACACGAGCACCCAAACAGUAUAGCACACACCCAAAUACACCCUGUGCCUUUGUUUUCUGUCCUCCAAAACACGUGUUACAUAAAGAGUCUUGAAACCAUACAGAUGUGUAGUUUAAAGGCAAAAGUCAGCCCCCACUUGUACUGUAUGUAUGAGUGUAGCUGGAUCUACCACAGAGUUCAAAUACACUGCACACAACACAGUCUCACAUACAAAGACGUGUUUGCACCAUGUAGAGAUAAAUCUGCUUUCUUGUGACUUGACAAAAAUAAUUCUGGAGAAAACUGAACUAUAUUAUACGGGAAUGUUGUGUGUUGAUCUAGAUCUAAAUGUGAAUACAUGUACCAACCAGUCUGUGUAGAGAUGCUUGGACACUGUGGAAUCUGCCUGAUUCAGCUGCUUUACAGUGAUCAGCCAUUAACAUAUGAAUAUUUGUGAUGUGUGCCUUUUGUUGUAACAGUAGAUGCACCGACACUGGAUAUAAGAAAACACUAUAAAGAUCGAUGUUGCACAUUGUGAGUUGGUUUUUCAGCUGUUCGAAUCCUUUUACGAUAUUCUGUGGCUCCCUCAGGUUUCAGCGUAGCGUUGUGAAGACGGUGUCCAAGAGAACAGAGGUCCUAUUGACGGAUUACUCUUUGUACCUGAGUAGUGUUAUUUAUUGCCUUAGUCUUUGGUGAGUAAAAUAUUUCAGAGUAUGCUUAGCACUACUUCAUUUUAGCAAGAACGAUAUAAGCAUGUAAUACACGUUGGUUUUCCUCUGUUCACACGCCCACAGGGUUGUGCAAACCAUCGCUUUUUUAUCACGUUAUCCAGAUCUUUCUACAACCAGUCAAUCACUUUCAUGAUGUGUCUACCAAAGCACCUGUAGAUUGCUGUUGUCUCUUUAUUCAUCACUAUUAAACAUGUACUUGUACUUUUCCAUGUGAGCUGCAGGAUUUACAGUUGGUAUCGAUUAAAAAUAAAAAGAUA